CGGUGUAUCGUUUAUUGUGGUCACGGCGCGUCGUAUGGUACCGGUGCCGGCGACGAUCAGAAUCUCAGAUCAGUCGACAGUCGUGUCGCAGCGUCGUACGAACGCGCACGCGGGUGACGGUUUCUGGUGUUGUAUACCUACGACCGAACGUCAGCUGCAGACAGCAGUGAUAAUACUACGGCCGCCGCCAUUCAAAUCGAUUGCUCCGCUCGCCCGUUCGUCAGCUUUUCUCGGCUCUUCCCAAUCACAGGUCGCGGGGACUUGACCGGUGACGGCGAUGCCGGUGCGCGCCGUGUAAAAUCCUGCCGAGUGGAGCGCUCGACCGUUCCGCGUGCACGUGUGUACCGUAGCGCACCGCGUACGAAACGUUGCUCUGUUGCAGUCCGUCGCMGCAACUGUGUGCAGAGUGUCGUCGUCGUCGUCGUCGUCCGAGAUAUUUAGACUACAAUCGCCAUGUCGGAAUACAAUGGCGAAGCCAAGUACCGACCAAAACGGUAUCAGUCUAUUGGCAAGUUGUUCAAAAAACGUGUACCGAUCGUUUCUUGGCUACCCAAGUACGAUGCAGAUCAAGCUGUGAGUGACUUAGUCGCCGGGGUCACUGUUGGACUAACAGUUAUGCCUCAAGGGCUGGCGUAUGCUACGCUAGCUGGUUUAGAACCGCAGUAUGGUUUGUAUUCUGCGUUUGCUGGAUGCAUUGUUUAUACAGUAUUUGGCAGUUGUAAGGACAUCACUAUUGGUCCAACAGCAUUAAUGUCACUUAUGACUUACCAACAAGUGUUCAAUAGAAACGCAGACUAUGCAGUAUUAUUAUGUUUUUUGUCUGGUAUCUUACAGUUCAUUAUGGGAUCACUUAAACUAGGCGUAUUAAUUGACUUCAUUUCCAUCCCGGUGACCGUUGGUUUUACAUCAGCCACGUCUGUUAUCAUAGCAGUAUCUCAAUUAAAGGGACUUCUUGGCUUGAAAUUUGAAUCAUCAAACUUUUUAGAUUGUCUCCUGAAAGUGUACCGGAAUAUUGGUAAUUAUCGUGCCAAUGAUACAAUUCUAGGAGUUACUUCUAUUAUCAUACUACUCAUGCUUCGGAAAGUGAAAGACAUUAAAUUAUUAGGACCUAAUGGUAAGCCAUCCAAUAAACAAAGGACAAUUAUGAAAGGGCUGUGGCUGCUUUCCAUAUCUAGAAAUGCUUUAAUUGUGGUUGCUUGUUCUAUAAUUUCAUAUUGGUGUUAUAAACCAGAUUCAGAACCCUAUGUCACUUUAAUCGGGAAAGUAAGAUCUGGAUUGCCGCCGUUAAAAUUUCCACCGUUUGGAACGGAAAUAAAUGGUACAUCGGUUAGCUUCAUUAAUAUGUGUUGGGAUCUCGGAUCUUCCAUUAUAUUGGUGCCAGUGAUCGCUGUUCUUGGAAACGUCGCCAUCGCCAAAGCAUUUGCCAGCGGAAACUCAGUGGAUGCUACACAAGAACUCUAUUGUUUGGGUGUUUGUAAUUUAUUGGGUUCGUUUGUUUCUUCGAUGCCGGUCACGGGAUCGUUUUCAAGAAGUGCAGUGAAUCAUGCUAGUGGCGUGCGAACUCCUAUGGGUGGAAUGUACACGGGUUUGCUCAUUAUUUUAUCGUUGAGUUUAUUGACGCCGUACUUUUUCUUUAUACCCAAAGCAGCCCUAGCAGCAGUCAUCAUCAGUGCUGUCAUUUUCAUGAUCGAAUACGAGAUCGUUAAACCUAUGUGGAAAUCAAGUCGUAAGUUGACAUUCUAA